AUGGAUGACACCGACGCCCGAGCCGAUCGCGCGCCGCCGUCGACGUCAUCGCGCGCGAAAGGCGCGAUGGAAAGUUUGAACCGAGCACCAGCUGUCGCUCGUCGGUCCGGCGACGACGACGACGACGCGGCGGCGCGCGCGGCGGCAAAGCGCGCUCGAAUCGAACGCGCGGAGGUGAAGCGGGCUCGAGUGCGGGCGGCGCCGAAGCAGGCGUCGUUGAUGGACGCGUGGUCGAACGCGAUGGCCAAGCGAAACGGCGGCGCGCGCGCGCGCGGAGGCGACGUGGACCGGAACAGCGGGUUGUCGAAGGACUUGAUACAGAGAAUACUGACGCGCGUACCGACUUCGGCGUACGCGGACGCGCGAUUGGUGUGUAGGUCGUGGCGAGACGCGAUCGACGACGGGGCGUUCAUGCCAUCGGUGAAGCUGAAUCGGAGCUUGGCGCUGGGAGACGGCGACGAGCGGCGCUGCGCGACGCGAUGGUUGGACGAGGCCACGGGAAGAGUGGACGAAAUAGGCCUCGGGCCGUUGGCGCGAUACAUCGCAACGCGCUUACCGUUCAAGUCAGAACUCGACGUGGAGACUUUGUGCCGUUUUGUUGACCAAGAUGAACAUCUGUCAGGCGCAACAAAAAUUCAGCACAUACCCAAGCCUGCUGAUAUCGACGCCGACCCUCGGUACCAGCAAGUGGAUACUUUCACCGACGAGGCUCGAACAACGCUCGCUUUAGAUGAAAUGAGAUUUUGGUUCGACGCGGACACGCGCGCGAGUCGCUCAUUUCUUGGUACGGUUGGCGACAUCUCCGCCACCAUCAAGGAGAUUGCCAAGUUUGAAACUGUGCAAGUGGAAGUUCACGGGAAAAAAGUAACGAGCGGUUGGGCGGUUCUUGCGCUGGCGAUGGCACACGUCGCUGAAAAUGAGUUUGUUGGCUCGAGGAUACUCCGAGCCGCUCGCCAAGCGCUACGUCAGGUCGACUCUGACUUUGUAGAGGAAGAUUUGACCGAGUUCAUCCAUCUGAUCGUGGCGUACGUGCGAGCAAGAUUACUGGAAGAAAACUUUCCACCGGGAGAUAUGGAUGUCCGUCACGAGUUACGACGCUUAAAGACGAGAAUAUUAGCUGCGAAUGAUUACGCGAAUCUGCAUGAAGAGCGAGAAUGGGGCGGCGAAAUGCCUGGGACCAGUGGCAUGCCUGAUUCAUUGCAAACGCACACCCGUUUGACACACGAGCAAGAAGCGAUCGUCUCCACAACGCUCAAACCGCCGCAGUGGAUGGUCGUGCACGCAUUCGCGGGUUCGGGUAAGACGACAACGUUAGUGGAGUACGCCCGGCGCCAUCCCUCGAUACGGUUUCUAUAUCUUGCGUUCAAUCGCGCCAUCACAGAGGAGGCAAAGACAAAAUUUCCACCAAACACAGAUGCGAAAACGUUUCACGGCCUGGCUUUCGGAUUGGCGACGUGGUACAAAGCUGGGGGUAAAAAGCUACAUUACGGCGAUAAGCUUCGAUCCUCCGAAGUUUGCAAAGCGCUCGGACGGAACGUGGAUGAUCCCGCAGUUGGCCGCGGUUUGGUGACGCUAAACAACUACCUGAUUUCCGCAGAUGACGACAUCAACGCGACGCACGUCCCCGCCCACUCGACAGGCUCACGAGAUACUUACGUUGAAGUAGCACGACGAUUGUGGGCGUCGAUGAAGGACCGCUCGAGUAACGACGUCCCGAUGACGCACGCCGGAUACAUGAAACUCUAUCAAUUGCAGCGACCUCGCCUGGAUAUCGAUAUGAGUAAAAACAAGAACAAGACGGGAUAUGACGUAAUUCUACUGGACGAAGCGCAAGAUAUAUCUCCCGUGAUGUUUGAUAUCGUGCUAAGACAGGACAAGUGCGCAAAGAUCGUCGUCGGCGACGCUCAUCAACAAAUUUACAACUUCACCGGGGCCAUGAAUGUCAUGAAUUCAAUUGACAAGUUUGUUUCAAGCCAAUUGGUCACACACAGACGCCUCGCAAGGAGCUUCAGAUUCGGUUUGGAGAUCGCGAAUGUCGCGAAUGCCGUUUUAAAUGUGAAGCAAGAGGACGCUCUACUCAUUGGCGCGAGACCUUCGAGUUUGGAUCAGAAGAGCGUGUUCGUCACGAGAGGCGUUGCUUGCUCGAGAACGAGACAGUUAUACGAUGAUAAUCUGCCUCCAACGCUGCCCGUGUUUCUCAUCGGUCCGUUGACCGCACAGCGCGAACAAGUCACUAUUUUGGUUCGAUCGAACGCGAGCCUUGUCGAUGCCUUGCUCAAACUUCUGACGGCGAAAGAUCUCUGGAAAGAUGGAAAAGAUGGGAAGUCAUACGAGAACGCUAGGAAAACCAGGAUUCAUAUCAUUGGGGGCGCAGAAGCUCUGAAACUCGAUCAAAUCUUGGACUUCGUUCGUUUAAUCGAGGGGCACGAGUUGUCGUCCAUCAAGGAUCGAUAUAUCAAAUCGUUCGUAAGAUACGGUGGCGGAAAUGCUCAUCUGACGUCCACUAAUCCGACGCAGUGGAAAGAGCGCGAAGACAACGCGCUGUCGCGCAUCGUCGCAAUCGCCGAAAAUCAAGACGAUUUUGAAACUCUCAACCGCAUCAACAUCGCUCAAUCUUUCGGGAGUGAUCUAUAUACAUUGGUGGAUCGACUGAAAUCGGCAGACGUCGGUACGAACGCGCAGCUGGCGGAUUUCAUCCUCACCACUGCACACAAGUCCAAGGGACUCGAAUUUGAUAACGUCAUGAUUUGGAAUGAUUUUGAGAAUGUGCACGACGUGCGAGCGAUUCGUAGUAAAGUCGGAAAUCAUUACGUAAAGAUUCGAGAUGAUCCCUUCGAAGGUACCGUGAAGAUAGAUGUGCCGGUCGAUGAGAUCAAUCUUGCGUACGUUGCUGUGACGCGCGCGCGGCGACGCGUCUUUCUCAACGCGAAUUUAGCGAAACUUUUGUUGGCGCCUCGAACAGCUCAAGUCGACCAAGGGAAGUACGCAGGUGUACACGUAAAGGGAUACCAUCCGUUGGCUUCUUGGGGAUACUUUUUCAACGAGUGUCAUGGACUCAGUGACGUGCACGAUCAUGGAUUUUACUCACCCGUCCUUCGUCGUGUGGACUUACCGAGCGGUGAGAGCCCCAAUCGUUUGCGUUGGUACCCGAUGCUCGACUGUGCCGUGAUGUAUUCUGACAUGCUAGAACUGUCAGGAAGGGAGGUCGAGACGUUCAGAGGUGACGUGUGCCAAACUUGUAUGAGGCACAUGGACGCCGCGAAUGCUUUCGUCUUCCAGACCGAGUGCGAAUCUGGCUUGGUGUGCGUUUCUGACCGCGGCGUCGAGGCUCGUCACGUCGGCGGCUUACACGCGGGCAUCUUUGAAAGCCGCGACCGGGACGCGUUCGAGGCCCACAUGCGCGACGUCGGACACGUGCGCCUAGACAUAGACUACGCCAAGGAUAGGAGAUGGGUCGAUGACGUCCGAGAACCAUCCAAAGCACCCAACGCGGCCGUCUACUGCCUCGAAAAUCCGGCGCACCUCUUCAAGACGCGCGUCUGCAACGACUGCUUCUUCACCGAGGGCGCUGGAUUUUCACCUUCACGACACGUCUCAGUCUUCGGCACGCGCCGAGAGAAACUACGUCCCAUGCAGGACACGUUGAAGUACGAGCGCGAGCUCCGCCGCGCGCGCGAGCGCCGCGCGCGCCCGAGCGCCUAG